AUGGAGCUAACGGACACCUCUCUCUGCUCCUUCUCGUCUGCUGAUGACUUCUAUGAUGAUCCCUGCUUCUCGACUUCAGACAUCCACUUUUUCGAGGAUCUAGACCCCAGACUGGUCCACGUCGGGCUGCUCAAAGCCGACCAGGUGCCGACCGAGGACGAGCACAUUCGAGCACCCAGUGGACAUCACCAAGCCGGUCGCUGCUUGCUUUGGGCUUGCAAGGCUUGCAAGAGGAAAACGACCAACGCCGACCGCAGGAAAGCGGCCACCAUGAGAGAAAGGAGGCGCCUCAGCAAAGUGAACGAGGCGUUUGAAACGCUCAAGCGGUGCACCUCCACCAACCCGAACCAGAGGCUGCCCAAGGUGGAAAUUCUCAGAAACGCCAUCAGAUACAUCGAGAGCCUGCAAGCCCUCCUGAGAGAGCAGGACGAGAACUAUUUCUCUGUCAUGGAUCAAUACAGUGUCGAUUCAGAUGCCUCAAGCCCACGGUCCAAUUGCUCGGAUGGGAUGUUGGAUUGCAGCGGCCCCACGUGCAGCCGGAGACGCAGCAACUACGACAACACCUACUUCUCGGAGACGCCAAACGCGGAUUCGAAAACUGGUAAAAGUUCCGUUAUCUCAAGCCUGGAUUGUCUUUCCAACAUCGUCGAAAGAAUUUCCACUGACCGGCCGACUUGUCCGGUAAUGAUGGUCCCAGAUGCCACUCUGGCCAGUCCUUCGUCUCCCCGGGAAGGAACCACUUUGAACGAUCCUUCAGCCAUUAUCCCAUCGCCGGACAACUGCACCGGCACUGAAAUCCCGACUGACAACCCUAUCUACCAGGUUUUAUAA